AUCGCUGCAGUUCGAGAUGGACGGGGACCACAGCUGGGAAGAUCUUCAAGGCAGCGGGUAUCACUGUUGUGAUCGGUUACAUCAUCUGCAGCGUCGCCACCACCGCCUCACUCAUACACAAGUACAACGCUGACCUUUUCACGAACGCUUCAGUGUACUUUGAAAUGGUGUACGAGAAACCUUGGUGUCGGAUCGGAACAUUCGCCAUAGGGAUGAUGCUAGGCUACAUCCUUCACACCUUCAAGUCCCGCGAUGCCAAGAUGUCUCCAUUCCUGCAGGGAGUGGGCUGGCUCCUGGCGUUGGUGGCAGCCGGGGCCUGUACACUGGCGACCUAUGACGCCAAUGCUGAGGGGAGACCUGGCUGGGGUGUGGAAGCAAGGACGGCUCAUGAGACGCUCUAUAGACCCGUGUGGGGGCUGGUGUUGGCCUGGGUCAUCUUCAUGUGCUUCAAGGGGAAAGCAGGUUUCGUGGACUGGAUGUUGUCCUGGGACUGGUGGCAGCCUCUUUCUCGACUCACAUACGGGGCCUACCUUGUACACCUCAUGUUUAUACAGACUGAAGCAGCCACUGCGAGAUCCCUAUUCAACUUUACAUCCGGGUACAUUGUUUACCGCUUCUUCGGCUACACGUGCAUGUCGUUCAUCUUCUCCUUCCUGGUGGCCAUCCUGGUGGAGGCGCCCAUGCUGCAGCUGGAGAAGCUGGUCCUGUCCUGAGUCAUAACAGCUUCCGCCAUGAUAGCGAGUCUUACAGCUUCAAAAGAUUCAUUAAAGCAAGCAGACAACGGCCAUUUGUAAGAGAAGCGUAAUGUCAUUCAUGAAUAGUGAAUACUUGCUCAUGUUUAGUCAUAACCUUAAGUGAUACUCACGCUCACCAUGAGUUCGAGGUUGUAGUCAUUGUCAAGGAACUAGUCUUUAUAUCACGAAGCCAUCCAUAGUUUUAACUGUUUCUUAUCCACAUCACGAGGUAAAGUCUUUAAUUAGUUCCUUCGGAAACAAUUUAAAAUAGAAAUAGAUGAAGAGAGAUUGAGCUGACCUGACAUUUUUAUGAAUGUGUAAGGGUAAGAGUAUUUUAAAUGGGUGAAUAUUCUUGACUGGCAAGAGAUAGGAAGAGUACAUUUCAUUAUCUCAGAAACUUUAGCAAUGAAGAAAGUAUUACCAUGUUGGAUGCCAACUCACAGAACACAAUGCGGGCAGCCUAAUGUCCGUUUCGAAUUAUAAAUGUUUCUUUACACCGCCCAAAAAUUGACUGUACGGAAGCAGUACUGGAUUGAAAACCCUCAUAUUUACAUUAAAAAAUGAGCUUGCUAGUUUGUUAUACACAGGUAAAACUUCAGCAGAUCUAUAGAAUACGUUUCACAUAUUUUGGAAUGAUUUGAUAGAUUAAACAGUGUAUAUGCACGUGGUAUUUUUGUAAAACAGCAGUUUGCUUUUCAGUUUGCAGGGGAACCAUUUUACUAAGAUACAAUGUAUUACCCCGCGGUGACCGUUUUAUAAUAUACAACGUAACAGUUAGUGACAUGAUAUAAUUUGACACGGCACGACAUGACAUGAUAGAAUGAAUUUUAAU